AUGUCCCAGUCGAACACCGCAGCGGCUCAGAAGCCAAAGGUCGCCGCCAUGGCUGCGCAGCAGAGCGACAACAUUGCGCAUGCCCUGGCUGGCGCCGGCGGAGGAAUCCUGUCUAUGAUCUUGACAGCCCAGGUCGAGUCCAAGCGUGCGCAGUCGUCCACGAUCGACGCUCUACGCCACAUCAUAAAGCGGGAAGGCGUGAAAGGCCUCUAUGCCGGCCUGGAAUCCGCCCUGUUCGGCAUCAGCGUCACCAACUUUGUGUACUACUACUGGUAUGAGUGGACACGUGCUGCCUUCGAGAAGGCUGCCCACAAGUCCGGCCGUGCUUCCAAGAAGCUCACGACCCUGGAAUCAAUGAUCGCUGGUGCUAUUGCCGGCAGCGCGACCGUGAUGAUCACCAACCCCAUCUGGGUCGUGAACACGCGCAUGACCGCGCGCAAGUCUGAUGCCGAAGAGAGUCUCCCCGGAGCGCCGGCCAAGAAGCCCAAGACGACCCUGAAUACCCUGCUUACCCUCCUUCGGGAGGAAGGCCCCAAGGCUCUGUUUUCAGGCGUUCUGCCGGCGUUGAUCCUCGUUAUCAACCCUAUUCUUCAAUAUACGUUCUUCGAGCAGUUGAAGAAUGCGCUGGAGAAGAGGCGCAAGGUUACUCCUACAGACGCCUUCUAUCUGGGCGCGCUGGGCAAGCUGCUUGCGACUAGCAUCACCUACCCAUAUAUCACGGUAAAGAGCAGAAUGCACGUUGCCGCCAAGGAUGGCCCGAAGGAGAGCCUAAACGCAAGCUUGAAGAGAAUUAUCAAGGAAGAGGGCUGGUCUGGUUUAUAUAAGGGUAUCGGACCCAAGGUCAGCCAAAGUGUCCUCACGGCCGCUUUCCUUUUUGCCUUCAAGGAUGUUCUUUACGACACCAUGGUCGCCGCUCGUAGGCGGACCAUUCGCAAGAUUGAUUUUUUUCGGCUGCCUGCCAUCGCUACCCGCCUCCAAGAUCUCGCAUGUUCGCACCGAGUCCCGUCCACCGCCAGCUUGACCUCGACAAUUUCUGCGAUGGACACCAACUUCCUCGUCAACCAUGUCAAUGAGGUGCGAGAUGAGCUUUGGUGCGAUAAGAUCUACAAGGUACUCCAAACAAACAGCCUUUGCGAAUGGGUGUCGACUUUCCAUCCUGACAAGUGUCCCUGUCAAGUCUACGGCAUGUUCCGUCGUGGUUCCUUCAAUGCUGGCGGAAAGAUGGUUUUUAGUGAUGGCACAGCCUGGAUGGUUCGUUUCCCUCGAGGAGGGAAGACCAGCAUUGAUUAUGCUGAUGAGAAAGUUGCUAUGGAAGUCACAACUCUAAGUCUUAUUCGCGAAAAGACUACUAUUCCGGUUCCCAAAGUCCAUGCAUGGGGCGUGGCAGCUGAAAACCCACUUGGUUUAGGCCCAUUCAUUAUGAUGGACUUUAUUGAGGGUUUAUACCUAGAUGACUUUCUCAAAAGUCGCAAUGUUGAAAAACCCACCAACCUCAUGAGGGAGAAUAUCAGGGAUAAUGAGGUUGAAAUCAUCUACAGACAAAUGGCAAAUUAUAUGCUCCAGCUUUUUAAGCUUGAUUUUCACUGCAUUGGUAGCCUACCGUGGCCUGGAGCUGGGUCGAAAUGCACUACUCCACCACGCCCCCUGACAUUCAAGGCACAUACUAUUCUACAAGAUGGAGGAGUCAACACUUUUGGGGACCGACAUCGAAGCUAUGCAACAACAACUGAGUAUUUUUGCUCUAUUUUUGAGCAGGAUUUGGAGCAACUAGUCAAACAGCCCAACACAGUUUAUUAUCUAGAUGAUGGAAAGGCCAAAUAUGAGGCAUUUCACACUCUAAGGUCUCUGAUACCUGAUCUGGCCAUCCUAAGCAAUCUUAUUGUUCGGAGUGAGGAUGAUCUCACUGUUCUUGGAGUUGUUGAUCUUGAAUGGUCAUAUACUGGGCCAGCUCAACUGUUUGGCUCAGUACCAUGGUGGCUUCUUCAAGAUAGACCUAUUAACCCUGAGUGGGAUUAUGAGAAUGGAAAGCCUCCUGAGGUUGCUCCCCGAUACUUCAGGUACCUGGAAUUCUUUGUACGGAUUCUAGAGGAGGAGGAAGCGAAAAUGCCAGGGAAUGAGGAAAAGGAGCUCUCCACACUUGUUAAGUGGUCACAAUCAUCUGGAGCCAUGUGGCUUCACAUGCUUCUCUCAGUUGGUUUUAAUGACGAUCACACCUUUCCAUUUGCACAGCUGCGCGAACAUUUUCAAACCAAAUGGGGACAAUGCCAGAAAGCAGUUAUAAACAUAGAAGAGCGUGACGCGUUUGCUGCGCAGAAGGUACGCGACUCAGAACAUUACGAAGAAAUGUUGGAGAAGGUAGAAGCGGAUAAAGAACUUCUCAGCAGUGGGAAAAUGACAAAGGAAGAAUUUGUCGCAAAUGCUUUAAUGAUAAUAUCCGGGUCCACGAAUAAUAGCUACGAAACCGAAGAAUCCAGGAAGGUUGCACCUAACGGUCAAAAUCAGGACAAACAAAAGAAACAACAGGCUCCAAUGCCGCUCCAGUCUGAACCCGAAUCAUCGUACGAAGAUCAGCCAGAAACCAUAGCGGAACCCCGAGUCUAUAGGCUGCUGUAA